AUGGGCCAAUCCGAUCCCACCAACCACCUCCACCGCGAGUUCAAGCCUCGUCAUGUGUCUAUGAUCGCUGUUGCCGGUGCCAUCGGCACAGGCUUGAUCAUAGGAUCAGGCACAGGACUUGUGCGAGGUGGUCCCGCUAGUCUACUCAUAGCAUACAGCAUCAUCGGUGCUGUGGUAUACUUCAUUAUGACGGCGGUUGGAGAGAUGGCGACAAUGUUGCCCAUGGACAAAGGCUUUGCUGGUUAUGCAACACGAUUUGUCGAUCCGGCUCUCGGUUAUGCUACUGGAUGGAACUACUUCUUAAAAUACGCAAUCGUUCUUCCAAACAACCUAACGGCGGCUGGUAUUAUCAUCCAGUACUGGAGGCCGGAUCUCAAUGUGGCUAUCUUCGUUGCAACCUUCACGGUGGCUAUCGUUUUUGUUAAUAUUCUUCACGUCUCCUUUUUUGGAGAAGCCGAAUUUUGGAUGUCAGUGGUGAAGCUUCUAGUCAUCAUCAUGUUGAUCCUCUCUUGCUUUGUGAUAUCCCUCGGCGGUCAACCAUCGGGCCAGAGGAUUGGCUUCUCAUACUGGAGACAUCCAGGAGCGUUUGCAACAUAUCUCGAAGACGGUUCCACUGGAAGAUUUCUUGGGUUCUGGGCCUGCAUGGUUCAGGCCUGCUUCGCAUACACCGGCACUGAAGUGGUGGGCGUCGCUUUCGGCGAGGCACCAAACCCUAAGAAGACUGUACGAACGGCAAUCCGGCAAACAUUGUGGCGCAUAGUGUUCUUCUAUGUCGUCGGUGUUCUUGUGCUGGGAAUGGCAGUACCCCACGACAAUGAGCGCUUGAUCGGCGCGACGAAGAAGAGCACCAGCGCUGCUGCCAGUCCCUUCGUCAUUGCCGUCCAGCUUGCUGGCAUUCCCGUGUUCCCCAGCGUGGUCAAUGCCUGCUUGCUAGUGUUUGUCAUCAGCGCAGCCAACUCGGAUAUAUACAUCGGAUCUCGAACGCUUUACGGUCUGGCGCACGACGGGCUUGCACCGCGUGCCUUUGGCAAGACGACUGCGAAAGGCGUUCCGAUGAUUGGUAUUGCUGUGAUGACUCUGUUCACAGCCCUUGGUGAUAUUCUUCAAUGGUACCAAAACCCGAGACCUUAG